AUGAAUUCUCUAAUUUAUGUUUCAUUAUUCUUUUCAGACUGUCUACACCUGCAGCUGUACAGAGACUCCAAAGAUCGAUACAAGCAGGGCCAAACCAAAGCUUCCCUCUCCCUUCAACAAUUCCUAGGAUUAGAGACUGGAUUUACUUUAGAUAAAGAAUCAAAUACUGUAGCAAUUUUAUGCCAAGAUGUGGUUGUAGUGUUAGCGUUCGACAAUCGAGAAAGACUUAUGCAAUGGCAGGUAAAACUGAGUUUCCAUCUAAACGACGGCCCUCAUUUUCUGGUCUUGGUCUCUUCCGCCCCACCGAAGUCCAGGUUACCGCCGGGACCUGCCAGGUUGCACGUUCAAGAAAGGGGUUUCUGUUUGACAACGGGAGUACCACCCAGGAUAGCUGGACAGUGGCUUAUUAGUAAUUUAAGGAGAUAUGGGGUGGUGGAGGGGAGGUUUUGCUUCGAGGGUGGAUCUAGGUGUAUCAAGGGAGAGGGUUUAUAUGUACUACUUACGGAUCAGGGUGAAGAAAUCACGUCCACGUUGAAAGUUGCAUCAACGGGUAAUCUACAUUCGUCCAGGAGGAGACCUGUUUCUAGGAAUAUGUCGGUACUGGAUAGUCCACGUAGGCUUCCCAUGAGAGCUACUGGAGGUGUUUCUCUGGAACUGAGCGAGUCUUCAUUGAAUUCCAGAGCAAAUUCUCCAUACACUGAUAUGGAGAGCAAUUAUGGCUGUGGUGAUAGUAUAUCAAAUGACGGCUGGGGACCACCACCUAUAGAACGUUGUAUGAGCUGUAUCAGCAAACUGGGAGCGAUGUCAAGAUCCUCUACGGCAACAGUAACAGUUGGAACGCCAUGUUGGGAGCAUGCGUGUGACCGCCAUUCAAUCAGUAGUAGUUCAGAUAGCAGUGGCUGGAGUCAAGCAGUUACCAAACCGCCUGCGAGGCCUCCAAAACCAGGAACAACUUCCCCAUCACCAAAGAAACCUGCUGCACUGCCUCCGCCGUCCUACGAUAACUACGACAUUCCUAAAAUACCAUAUCCCGUGGAGCCGAAAAUCGACGAGCUGUACGACACUCCACGAAAGUUGAAGGAAUGCAUCCAAAACUUCGGAUUCGACACCAUCCAAAAGCCUUGCGGCUGCGUGGUCCGCGUUCGCCAACCGGAACCAGAGAGGCCAUGCGUCUGCCAACGCCUCAUGUCCUGCUGGUCCGCCACGGAAGACAUCCACGCUAUAUACGCCACCGUAGACUACUCCAAGAAGACACACCGCCAGCAGCCUGUGUCCAUCGGUGCCAACUACGCGAAUCUAACCGCCUCAGCAACAGCAACUACCACCAACUACGAGAAUAUGGAAUUCGCUCAAACUCUGCAACUUUACGAGAACAGCAAGGAAAUCGCUGACAAAGCCAAGGCUUUGUGCGCCAAGUGCGGCCAUGCUCAAGACGACUACCUCAUGAUGGAGCCCUCCAACAAGCCGUCGCAGCCCCAUCCGGGGUACAUCCCGAUGUCUCCCGCCGUGAAGCAGCGACUAGGAAAAGUACUAUCGAACAGCAACCCAAAUCUGGGUCCAGCGCUGGACAGAUCCAACAAGCCGUCUGGUUCUUCCAUGUUCCAGGCCAACGUCUACCAACGGAAACAAAUGCUGGACAACGCGGACAAUCUAGACGUCAGGAGGAAGCGGUCCAACUCCGCGGACUCGUCCACGAGUCGCUGUGAGCCGGAGCCUGAACCGGAAACUUCCCCGUGUCACUGUGCUCACUCUAUCGCUGUGAGGAGGUCCUCCUCGGUCCCUUGCAAGUCUAACAGGGAUUCCUCUAGCUCCAACGACUCUGGGGUGUUUGAGCUGCCGCGUAGACCCCAAGUAUACGCCAACCAGACCUUGCCGAGGAGGUCCAAGUCCUCUGAUCCUCUAAAGGACCUCACGUUCCAGUUCAACAAGGCCGAUAACAACAAAUCCGCGAGCGCAGAGGCGGAGGUUCCAGUUUGUCCUUCCGGGUCGACCAGUAGCGGGACUUCUGACAUGUCGGACUAUUUCGAGACGCUGUCUUUGUCUUCUCACAGCUCUGGAGACGUUCCUCCUCCGAGCUGCACUUUGAGGCCACGAUCCGGUAACGAGUAUCUCAGCAUGCAGAGACUCAUUGCUCCGGUUCCGGAGGAACGGCAUUGAACUAGUCUACUUAGAAAGCAAUAAAAAUUGAUAGUAUCUAGUACAAUAUACAUAUUACUAAUAUUAUUAUAUUGUCUGUAAUCUUUUUCUGUAUAAAGGUAUUUACUUUAUAAAUAAAUUAUUCAUGAGGA